CUUCGAAAUAUGGUAUUCUGAAAGAGCUGGCAGACAUAGAGAUGCAAGGACGCGUCAAGCGUAGGAAUUUUCCAGAAUUUUACAGCAACACCGACACGUUGGUGAGGCGCGGCGACCACGUUAUCAUGGUUUACGAAAUUAUCAUGUACAUACUACUGGGAAAACAGUUAUCUAAUACAGGACGGUGCGACUUCUAUAAGCUCAGAGACAAUAUGAUGCCCAGGAUGAAUAGCAUGAUAGUUCCCAAGGACAGUCCUCUUCUGUACGCGUUAAGUAAAAGGGUAAUGGCACUUACUGAGAGUGGGCUAUAUAACUUCUGGUUGAAGUCAUCCAUCCCAAACUAUUCGUUUUGUCUGAAUCCUCCGGCAAAAAUAUCUAUCAGUAGCUCAAUCGCUAUAUCCAACAUAUGGGUAUGACCUUCUUGUUCUGAUAAUUGAAUAAAUGAACCUUAAGUUGAGUUACCUAAACAUAAUGUUAGUAGCAA